AUGGCUGCUGCCCCGGAGGACGUGCCCGAGCUGGCCCGGCUCCUGGAGAUCGACCCGUACCUGAAACCCUUCGCUCCGGACUUGCAGCGCAGGUAUAGGCAGUUUAACAAGACUUUGAACGACAUUGGAGAAAAUGAAGGUGGUAUUGAUAAGUUUUCCAAAGGCUAUGAAUCAUUUGGCGUCCACAGAUGUGCUGAUGGUGGUUUAUACUGCAAAGAAUGGGCCCCUGGAGCAGAAGGAGUUUUUCUUACUGGAGACUUCAAUGGUUGGAAUCCAUUUUCAUACCCAUAUAAAAAACGGGAUUUUGGAAAAUGGGAGCUGUACAUCCCACCAAAGCAGAAUAAAUCUACAGUGGUGCCUCAUGGAUCCAAAUUAAAGGUAGUUAUUACUAGUAAAAGUGGAGAGAUCUUGUAUCGUAUUUCACCGUGGGCGAAGUAUGUGACUCGUGAAGGUUGUAAUGUGAAUUAUGAUUGGAUACACUGGGAUCCGGAACAUCCAUAUAAAUUUAAGCAUUCCAGACCAAAGAAGCCAAGAAGUCUAAGAAUUUAUGAAUCUCACGUGGGAAUUUCUUCCCAUGAAGGAAAAGUAGCUUCUUAUAAACAUUUUACAUGCAAUGUACUACCAAGAAUUAAAGACCUUGGAUACAACUGCAUUCAGCUGAUGGCAAUCAUGGAACAUGCUUACUAUGCAAGUUUUGGUUACCAGAUCACAAGCUUCUUUGCAGCUUCAAGUCGUUAUGGAACACCUGAAGAGCUAAAAGAACUGGUUGACACAGCUCAUUCGAUGGGCAUUACCGUCCUCUUAGAUGUGGUACACAGCCAUGCUUCAAAAAAUUCAGAGGAUGGACUGAAUAUGUUUGAUGGGACAGAUUCCUGCUAUUUUCAUUCUGGACCUAGAGGGAAUCAUGAUCUUUGGGGCAGUAGAUUGUUUGCCUACUCCAGCUGGGAAGUUUUAAGAUUUCUUCUGUCAAACAUAAGAUGGUGGUUGGAAGAAUAUGCCUUUGAUGGAUUUCGCUUUGAUGGCGUUACCUCCAUGCUCUAUCAUCACCAUGGAGUGGGUCAAGUAUUUUCAGGUGAUUACCAUGCAUAUUUUGGACUACAAGUAGAUGAAGAUGCCUUGAUUUAUCUCAUGUUGGCAAAUCAUUUGGCUCACACGUUGUAUCCAGAUUCCAUAACAAUAGCUGAGGAUGUGUCAGGAAUGCCAGCUCUGUGUUCUCCAGUUUCCCAGGGAGGGGGUGGUUUUGACUAUCGCCUAGCCAUGGCAGUUCCAGAUAAAUGGAUCCAGCUACUUAAAGAAUUUAAAGAUGAAGACUGGAACAUGGGCAAUAUAGUGUACACCCUCACAAACAGACGCCACCUUGAAAAAUACAUUGCUUAUGCAGAGAGCCAUGAUCAGGCACUUGUUGGUGAUAAGACGCUGGCAUUCUGGUUGAUGGAUGCAGAAAUGUAUACAAACAUGAGUGUGCUGGCCCCUUUUACUCCAGUCAUUGAUCGUGGAAUACAGCUUCAUAAAAUGAUUCGACUCAUUACUCAUGCGCUCGGAGGUGAAGGUUAUCUCAACUUCAUGGGUAAUGAAUUUGGACAUCCAGAAUGGUUAGACUUCCCAAGGAAGGGAAACAAUGAGAGUUACCAUUAUGCCAGAAGGCAGUUUCAUUUAGCUGAUGAUGACCUUCUCCGGUAUAAGUUCCUAAAUAACUUUGACAGGGAUAUGAAUAAAUUGGAGGAAAGACGUGGUUGGCUUUCAGCUCCACAGGGCUUGGUGAGUGAAAAGCAUGAAAGCAAUAAGAUUAUCGCUUUUGAGAGAGCAGAUCUUCUUUUUAUUUUCAACUUCCAUCCAAGCAAGAGCUACACUGAUUACCGAGUUGGAACAACAUUGCCAGGAAAAUUCAAAAUUGUGCUAGAUUCAGAUGCAGCCGAAUAUGGAGGACACCAGAGACUGGACCACAAUACCGAAUUCUUUUCUGAGACUUUUGAACAUAAUGGGCGUCCCUAUUCCCUUUUGGUGUACAUUCCAAACCGCGUGGCCCUCAUCCUUCAGAAUGUGGAUCUGCCAAACUGAAGAGUCCUGACUUCAGCUCCACCGAAUGCAGAUGUGCGUUUUGUGUUCCAGUUCUCUUUGUCGAAGAAUUUAUAAUGUGAGAGCUUUUCAAAAUAAUGCUUGUCUUGCCAAAACAUCAGAUGUCUGAAAUUCAAUAUUUGUAUAUGCAAAUGAGUAUCAAACUUUUCUUCAAGAAAUAGGGAGGUAUUUUUUAGAUUUUAGGAAUCCUCAGCUCUAUGUUUUCAAGCUGUCUGCACAACUAGUAUUUCAAAUGUAGUGUUAUAUAUAAUGUUGAAAGCAUUUUACUUUCCUGCCCAUGUAUUUGAUUCUUAAGUUCAAAUUUGAAUCAUUUGUCAUGUGUACUUAUUUCUGUUUAAUGUAUACAGUGUGUUUUUAAAGAUGAUGCUUGGUGGCCUUAUUUGUUCUAAUAGCUCUUGGUCUAAAUUACCAAGAUUUUUGCCCUGAAUUACCAAGAUUAUUGCCCUAUUUUAUAAAAGUGUGUUUAGAAACACUGUAAUAAAUAUGUAAGAAUAACUUAAAAUUAAGAAUUAUAUCAAUGAAAAUAUCAAAGUCAUUAUCUAUGAACUCAUCCAUGCUUGAUUUUAGGUAAGUUUUAUUUUGUGAUCGCUUGUUCCCUUAGUAUCUUGAUAAGUGCUGAUAUCUCAGUUUUUCUGAAGGCCUGAAACAGUAAACGUAACAUUUGAAAAAAUAUGUCUUUUACUUUCAAUCAAUAAAAAAAAUGCAAAAUUGCCUUUGCUGAUGUUUAUUCUCUUGUAAUAUUUUGGGGAUUGAUUUGGAAUGAGUAUUGAAAUGUCAUAUCUCAACUAUAAUACCUUUCCCAUGUAUAUGUACAUAGGCCUGAUGGACUGACUUAAUGGAAUUAAUAAUCUAUUUUUUUCUUUAGAUACUAGGUUUUUGUGUCUUGAAAUUACACUUACCAACUCUUACAGCUAAGCUAAAUUCCAGCAGUAAACAUGAGCACAAUUAGAAGCUGAAUUAACUCAACUCAGUGAGAUACUCAACUGCCCCAUGAUUUAUUAAAUAAUCCACAGGUCUAAAAUCAUUAAUAUGAUUCCUAAUGUAAUUCAUUCACAACUGAGAAAUUAUGAUGCACUAUAAGACAUAAAGCAUCUGUCACUUUUUUUUAAGAUCUCAUUUUUCCUUUAUAUUAAUACUGGCUGCUUGCUUUUCUGUUUUUAGCCUGAUCAUUUAUGAUUAAUAAGGAGUACUUGGAAGUUUUUCUAUUAAAAAUUCAUUCAGUACGGAAGAGAGACUUGCUUUUAUAGCUAAGCCUAUAUA